GGUGCCUACUACGUUUCAUAUGCGUAUGUAUUGGCCGAUACCUCUUUUGCUGCCUACAGAACAAGACAAGCCGGAGGUACAAACACAGAUAUAGCCCGUGUAGCCUCACACACACUUGUGUUCCAAGGGCUUGCGUCCUUAGCGCUACCGGCUGUCAUCAUUCACACACAAGCCUCACACACACCAGUGCACCAGGAGUGUUCACUACUGGCGGUGUCUAGUGAUACCGAUUACGCGCGAGUUGAAAAGACAUGUGCAGGUGUAUACAUGUAG